GCCCUUUAGUUGCUAUAAAAGAUGUUUUAUAUACCUUGACCCUUUAAUAAUUAAAUUUCGGUUUAUUCCAAACGCUAAUUCACAUCCAAUCCUAAUCUGGUUAACUGUAGGUUUAAUUCCUGAACAGAUGUUUGGAUUCGAGGACCGUUACCAUACAGAGUAUAAAAUGAACAGUUCCGGCCUUCAACAUUCUCUGUAAUUAUCAAAUUUAGGGUUUCAAAUUUAUGUAAGAAAUUAUAUCUAUUCAAUUGAAAGGAUAGCAUCUGCAACCGAAAGUACCUGGUGAAAACAGUCUGAAGAGGAAGCAUCUACAUUGAAGAGUUGCUUAGAGUGUUAAUAAUGGGAGCUUUAAAAUUGGAACUUGGAUUGCCCCAAAGUAUUGAUGGACUCACUGUUGAUCCACAGCCUGACUGGACUUUUGAUAGUCUUUUCAUAGAGCUCAGUUCAAUUGAAAAGAAGCUCGAUACAUCUCCGAUAUUUCCUGUGCCAUUUACCAAAAUCAGAUCGCGAGAACUUUCAAUUAUGAAGGAUAUCAGAAGAAGUCCGAGGACUUUCGCAAUGCAUAUAUCAGACGAUGAGAUUGAGGAUGUGGGAAGUGAUGGUGAUGGGGAGGCUCGUGAGCAAUUUCUGGUUCGGGGUAGACGAUUUGCUUGUGAUGAACUUUACAUAAGUGACAGCGAUGAUUCUGGAGAUGAGUCAGCUCUUGAAACCCAAUAUCAUUUGAUGGACAAAGUGGGAUUAGUAGAAGGACCAUUAUUAGAGCUAACUCAUGAGUAUCAGAUUAGUAUUACGGAGGAAAUUAGAAACCAAAUUGUAGCAUUGGAGACAGAUCUGAUGAGUGAAAACGAGAAGUUUACCUCUGCACUUGCUCGAGUUGAGAGACAUACUGAAGCAAAGCGCGACAUAGACAGGAAACUUGAUAUGCAUUAUCAACGCAAGAUUGCAGAAGCACUUGAUAAUCACUUGACUGCUAUUCAGAGGGUCCAUGAACACAGAUCCCAGAUCGAAGAAAGGAGAAUAAGAGAUGAUGCAGCUUUCGAAGAGUCAAAAAGGAAGGAAAAGGCUCUUCAGGAAGAGAAACUGCGACAAGAAAAAAUCAGAGCAGAAGCAGAGGCAAGACUUGAGGCUGAAAAGAAGAGAGCUGAAGAAGCCAAAGCAGCAGCUUUGGAAGCUGAAAGGAGAGCAGCAAAAGAAGCUGCAGAAAGGGUUGCUACUGAAAAUUUAAGAAGGGCUAGUGCUGCUGUAGUGCCUCUAAAAGAAGCUGAUGGGCUCCAAACGGGAUCUGGAUCCAAUAUAAUGCAGAAAGCAACAUCAGCAGGAAAUGUAUUCAAGGGUGCUGCACGUGCUUUAGAGUUAGAGGAAAGAAGACUACAGAUCUACAAUGAAGUAGCUGCACAUAAGAAGGCACUGGGAUUGGAUUCUAAUAAGGAUUAUCGCAGUCGUGGGAUGCAAGUAGCUAGACAGAUCAGAACAAUAAGUGGGUCAAAGGAAAAUGUUAGAGCAAAAACAGAUGAAUUAAUUAAGAUCUUCAUAGAUUCACCUUGGCCUCAGACUAUCAGUGUUGCAAUGUUCGCGGAGAAGGUUGUCGCACUUUGCAUAAACCCCACCAAAAGCAUUUUUGCUUAUGGUCAUGUCAUUGCUCUUGUUACUGCACAGGUCCCGAUUGCUAUGGAUCUUUUGCUUGCUGAGUUGAAUAGAGUUUGCAUCUUUACCGUUCCAAAGUACAUAAAUAACUCAGAGUCAGUAUUUGAUACAGAAGAAACUUACAAGAAAGCCAUUGGUUUUCAAGAGGAAGAUGGAAAGAUUGAAAGCAAAGACAGAUACUUAGAGCGGAUGGUAUCAUAUAUGAAAUUAUAUGGAGCUCUUGUUCAGACACAAGCUGGGGGCGUCCAAAAUUUGCAUGGUCUGGAAGAAGGUUGGGCAUGGCUUGCAAGAUUCUUGAAUGCUCUCCCUGCAAAUCUAUACACUGGAAUCGCACUGCAUACGUUCCUCGAAAUGGCAGGGUUUGCUCUCUACAGAAAGUACAAAUCUCAGUUCAAGAAGUUACUGAACAUCAUUUCGCGUGACUUCUUAAACGCACUAAAAGAACGUGGUGGAGAAGACACAAAGAUUAAUAAAGUCAUCACAAAUAUUCAGAAUUACAUAGAAUCAAACCAGUGCCGGGAGGAACCAGAAGGAUGGCGCCUGGAGAGCUCUUUGUUAUCGAAGUCUAUUGCUCCCUAACCAGAGUAUCAGGAGCAGUAUUAUCACCAGGGGAAUCGGCGUUACUAGAGUACCAAGAGCAGUAUUAUCGCCAGGGGAAUCGGCAUUACUAGAGUAUCAGGAGCAGUAUUAUCGCCAUAUGAAAUCUUUGCGGGUUAGAUUAUUGUAUUCAUCUUUAUGUACGCUGCAUAUAAUCAAAGAAAAAGGCAUGUCCACGGGAUAUAACAUUCCGAUUUCUGCCUAAUAGAAUUCAUUGUUUAAGUUGAACUGAGUUGUUUCUUGAUUCUGGUUCUUAUAUGGAGAAUGUAAAGGAUGUAUGGUUUGGAAUUAGUCCCAGAAUUGCCUGGGCAGUUUUGUAAGUUCAAUCUGUUUUGUG